AAAGGCUCUUACAGAUCAUUUUUGCGAGGCAACAACUAAAACAACAUAACUGUCUACCGAGUCAAGUGGAGAUACAAAUCAUUACAGUCAGAAUGAGGCGGUGUAGUUCUCGGUGGGGGGGUCUGCUGCUCCUCCUGUCCUCCUAUCUACUGUGUGUCCACUCGGAGGUGGAGCAGCAGCAUCAGCAGCAGGUGGUGGAGAGUGCCGCGCACGUGACCUCUCACGGUCACCUGGACAGAAACAUGGUCCAGGACAAAGACCACAUCAUGGAGCAUUUAGAGGGAGUGAUAGACAAACCGGAGACGGACAUGACGCCACAGGAGCUUCAGCUGCACUACUUCAAGAUGCACGAUUACGACGGCAACAACCUGCUGGACGGGCUGGAGCUGGCCACAGCCAUCUCACAUGUGCACAGAGAGGAGAGAGGGGAGCACAGCCAGCCAAUGAAAGAGGAGGACCUCAUCGUCCUUAUCGAUGAUGUUCUUAAGGACGACGACAAAAACAAUGACGGGUAUAUAGAUUAUGCAGAGUUUGCCAAAUCACUGGAGUGAGGUAUCUGAAAUUCUUCAUGUCAACAAAAACAACAACAACAACAACAACGGCAAGAAAUCUGCAGAGAGGGGAGAGAGCUGAGGAGCUGCCACCAACGUUUAACCUCUGCUUUCUCUCUCACAGGCCAUCAGUCAGAGUAAUAAGUCAGUUAGCCUGGAGUUUGGGAAAUAUGGACAUGUUUUUUUCAACUGACCAAGAUGGUCUCAGUUAAUUUGGUUAAGCGUUUAAUUUAAUUUAUUAAGUAACAAAAAAGAAGCGGAAAACAAAAUGGCGUGAUGCGAGUCUGACUGGUGAACACGUGCAGGGACAUUUCUUUGUAGAUUCCUUGAAAUCAUGCCUUUUUUUUUAAAGAGUCAGUUCAACCAAUAUCACUAACAAACACCGUUUUCUAUUAACCCCUGAUGGGUUUCUAACCACAGAUCAUCAUUUAUGGGUUGAAAAAUGACAUAACUAUAAUUUGAUUAUAAAAAUAGAUUGCUAUUUUUUUUUCUAGAGACUACUGCUUGUAAAAGUCUGAUACAAUUAAAGCCCAAUACUUUCAUUUAGUACUAGUACAACUAUCAAUAACACAGUGGCAAAUGACGGCCAAAACUUCUUGCAUUGCUACUAAAGGGAAACGAGAGAAUUUAUGUUGUAAUUUUGGGUGAAUUGGCCCUCUUACAUAUACAGGACCUCUAUAGUGUGUGUGUCCUUCUUUGAGGGGUACAACACACUUAUAACACGAGCAAACACACACCCUCGCUGUGUGACGCUCACCAUGGUGGACCAAAGAUUCCUUCUGUGAAUCACAUGUGCCGUUUGUGAUGAGGAUGAGACGCUUGAAAGUGUGUGUGUGUGUGUGUGUGUGUGUGUGUGUGUGUGUGUG